AUGCCACGAGGCUUCCUCGUCAAGAGAAGCAAGAGGUCCAAUCCGGUUUCGUACCGGUUCCGAGGCGAGGAUGAGGAAGACGAGCCGCAGCCUUCACUUUUACCGCCGAUGCCCCCCUGCUGGCCGGCUGCCCCGGAGAGGACCACCGAAGCAGUCCAGUUCGGCGACCCGGAGGUGAUGUACCAGGGUCUGUACAGCCCCACCCGGCCCGUUAGCAGAGCGCUGGACCCGGACAGAAGGUUCAGUUUGGGCUCGCCGGUCUCUGCCGAGUCCUUUCCCGCCGCGGCUGCGCUCGCGGCUCUGGACCACAUCUUUGGCCCGGACCUCAAGAUGGGCAACCGAACCGAAUCCAGCACCGCGAUCGCGACCAAGCGGGCGAAAGGUAAACCCCCGCUCCCCAAGCGAAGCAAGUCAAUGCGGAAGCUGCACUUUGACGAUGACGUCACCACCUCCCCGGUCCUGGGUCUAAGGAUUAAGGAGGUUCCGGUCGACCGGAAGACUCCAGGAGGCGACGGUGAGUUUGUGUGUCAGCUGUGCAGGGAGGCGUACCCGGACCCACUCGGACUGGCCCAGCACAAGUGCUCCAGAAUAGUUCGGGUGGAGUACCGGUGUCCCGAGUGUGCCAAGGUGUUUAGCUGCCCCGCCAACCUGGCAUCUCACCGCCGCUGGCACAAGCCCAAACUCGUCGACGUCAUCUCCGGUGACCGGGACACGCCCAGUCCGGAACCCUCUGAGUCCGGUUCGGAGGACGAACAGGUGGAGUGCGGCAAGUGCGCCAAAAAGUUCAAAGGUCACGCCUACCUGCGCAAACACCUGGCCGCCGCGCACGCGCACCAAGCGCCCCUCAACUUGAGCAACGACGGGACGAGCAGCGAGUGUCACUUUCGGCUGCUGCACGUCUUCCCGCGAAAACACGCCCACAGCCCCGCCCUCGCCCGAAACGCCACUAUCACGUGAUUGUGUUAUGGAAGUGCUGAGUUGGCCUUUAAAAUGCUAAAAAUCUCUGUGAAGGCAAGCCACUGGAAAGUUUGUUUGGUUUUGGCGCAAAUGUGUAGUGAAUGAGAGGAAAAGUAGUUGGGUGAUGAAGCAUCUUGUUUAUUUUAUCAUUUGUACCACGUGUUAGCACAAGUGUUAGCAUGAUGAUUUGUGUAGCCACUAAUGCCUUUAAUGACAAAUCCUGCUGUAAAACUGCCUUACACAUCUUUCAUACCUUUAUUGUUUCACACAGAGCUUUCUCUAUGACCAUUAUAUCUAGUUUGUAUUUAUUAUUUAUGUAUUUAUUAAGUUAUUGUCUUAUUACUGUGUGUUUGUGUAGCCAAAUGAUUUCAUUGUUGAUGAGCACAUUUUUAUAGCUGAAUGCAAUCAUGUCAAAUAACAUUGUGACUCUUUGCUCUUACUCUGCUUUGGGAUGUUUCUGCACAGUCUUUGCUAAAUGUCCAAAUAUAAUAAAGACCAAAACUAAACCUUUGAUUUACCUCGUUUUCAAACACAGACACGAUAUACGUAUGUACCUGUAACUCUU